AUCUCAUCGUGUGGCGCACAAUCAGAGACGAAGCUUGCACUGCCCGUAGGUAUUUGGGAUCAAUCCACGUCGUUCUUCUGGCGUUCGUCUGCUGGUCGCAUCCCUUCUUUUUUUCGAUGGUUGAGUCACCUUGCAAAAAAGUCUGCGAGGGUCAACUGGUGGGCCAGUGCUGUGGUGUCCCAGGCGCGGCUGCAGGUGGGCCCCCGCCAGUGGCAGCAUGGGAUGCGCAGCGGGACUGGUACGUCAAGCACAUGAGCCCAGCCACGGCUUUGCUGGCUCACAGCCUUUUUAUCCACCUUGGAUUGUUCGAUCGCCAGCGCCACGAUGGCUCCGAUUCUAAACUGAAAGUGCUGGAGACCCAUUGUGGUAAUGGUCUCGCAGCGUCACGUAUCUUGCCUUUCGCUGCGGUGGCGUCUUACACGGCAUGUGAUUUCAGCCCAGCGAUGUUGGCCGCAGCAGCUGACUGCCUAAGCGGGAAAGCAGAAGUGAUGUUGGCAGACUCUACUAGCUUGCCUUUUGCUUCUGGUACUUUUGACAGAUACAUGUCGAAUCUUGGUUGUUGCUGUGUGACCGACCUUGAUGCCAAGCUCCAAGAAGCCAGACGUGUAUUAGCACCUGGCGGGGUAGCCGCAAUGUCCAUGCGCAUCGCAGACUUUCCUGGCGAUACUGCCUUCCACCUCGUCGCUGAGACGUUGCGGCCUUUCGGCAUGCCACCUGGGCCUCAGCGAGAAGGACUUGUUUUGGGUCGUGAUAUACCGAAGCUCAAAGCCAAACUACUGCACGCUGGCUUCAAGGAGGUGACUGCUUGGCGCAGUUGGGUCACUGUGCCUCUGGGCGCUGAUGCUAAUUCUUUCCAAUCGUGGGCGACAUCGACAGCUCCUGUAGCGAAGUUCCUAGCUGGAUUGACGCAGGACAAUCGGGCCGAUUGUAUGCAAGCAUUGGAAAGAGCAGGUGAAGAACCGAACCAGGCGGGCGCGGUAUUUGUAGCAGUGGCAGUUGUCGUGGCUACUGUCUGAACCCCCCAAGCGUGAUGGUGGGUGUGCGCGGCAGUCCAGCGGGAGAAGACAUUGCUUGCGAUGGGCGGCUCUUCACUGUCACAUAAGAAGUGCCCUUCUCUUUCAUUGCCGCCAUAACAUGUGGUUCGAGCGCUUCGCUGACGUGCCCCUGUCUUUUUCUCUCAUGCCUCUAGCCCAGGCUGGCUUGAGUUGCCGAGAGCCCUGGCCUGCUGGAAGUGUUAUUGCUGCUUCGGAGGAGGAGGAAUGAAAGGAGGAUUCGCCCGGAUAAGCGCUGCCCUCCUGUCUCAGUUCGCCUGCGCGCCAAUCUAU